CAAGCUCUACCAUACACAAGUCGAGCUCUACCAUACGCAAGUCAAGCUCUACCAUACACAAGUCAAGCUCUACCAUACACAAGUCAAGCUCUACCAUACACAAGUCAAGCUCUACCAUACGCAAGUCGAGCUCUACCAUACACAAGUCAAGCUCUACCAUACACAAGUCAAGCUCUACCAUACGCAAGUCAAGCUCUACCAUACACAAGUCAAGCUCUACCAUACACAAGUCGAGCUCUACCAUACGCAAGUCAAGCUCUACCAUACACAAGUCAAGCUCUACCAUACACAAGUCAAGCUCUACCAUACACAAGUCAAGCUCUACCAUACGCAAGUCGAGCUCUACCAUACACAAGUCAAGCUCUACCAUACACAAGUCAAGCUCUACCAUACGCAAGUCAAGCUCUACCAUACACAAGUCAAGCUCUACCAUACACAAGUCAAGCUCUACCAUACACAAGUCAAGCUCUACCAUACACAAGUCAAGCUCUACCAUACACAAGUCAAGCUCUACCAUACACAAGUCAAGCUCUACCAUACACAAGUCAAGCUCUACCAUACACAAGUCAAGCUCUACCAUACGCAAGUCAAGCUCUGCUUUGCUGCUUUACCAGGUCGGGGCUUCUCAGCUGCUGCUGGGUCAUGGUGACGUGA